UGUUCUCAUUGGGUAAUGGUUUUGAAUUUCCAAUUAAUCUUCCAAGUCUUCCACCAAUGAAUUAAUAAUUAGUCUUCGCAAAGCCCAUCUUCUGCAAACAUUAAGCUCAGCUGGACCCAAGAAGCACCACAUAUAUGACCUCUCUUUUCUUCUUCAUCUUCACUCUAUCGAUCUCGUCAACAAAACAUGCUUCAGCCUAAUUUCGUCCCUUUAAUCAGGACCUUUAUAUUCUGGUCAUGGUGGACACUUAACGGCAUCGUUUCGGAUCCACAGAUCAAUCUUGUAAACAAAGGGUGCACUCCAUCCACAUUACUAACCUCAACCAACUUCUCCAUCAUCGAGAACAGCAUAAACGCAACGUUUAGUGACAUCAGAGAUCAGAUCAUUACUCAGAACAAGUACUUCGCGACGGCGCAGCAAGGCAGCGGAGAAUUCCCAGUAUACAGUCUUUUUCAGUGCAGAAAUUACCUCUCUAUUCAUGACUGUGUUACCUGUUUCGAUGUUGCUGCCGUGGAAAUCCGCAACUGCCCCGCCGUGGCACCCGGUGGCCGUGUUGUCUACGACGGCUGCUUCCUCAGGCACGAGAUCAGUGAUUUCUUUGAGGAGACAACGGAUUUCAAUGCCGUAUCGUGUGGUAAUCAAACUGCAACAGAAUCCACCACAUUUACCUCAAUUGUGCAACAAGUUCUAAUGAAUCUGCAAACAACGUCACCAAUGAAACAAGGGUUUUUUGCAGCCACAAAAGCAGAAUUGCCUGAGAAUGGUUCAACUAUUUAUGCGUUUGCUCAAUGUACUGAAACUAUCACGCAGAGUGGGUGCCUCAAUUGCUUGAACAGUGGGUACAACAAUAUGCUUACUUGUUUUCCCAAUUCUGAUGGCAAAGCUUAUGCUUCUGGGUGCUACAUGAGAUACUCCAACACUUCAUUCUUCCCUGAUAAUUACCAGACCAUUGAUGUCACUCCGUUGUUAGGCAAACAAGGUUCAAGCAGCAAUAAGAAAGGGGACAUUAUUGGUGGUGUUGUUGGAGGUGUAGCUUCUCUUUUGAUCCUCUUUGCAUUAUUUACCUGGAUUAGACGACCAAAAACCCCUAAGAAGAUUCCCAGAGGAGAGAUAAUUGGAGCAAGCAAGCUAGACGGCCCAGUUACUUACAGUUAUGGGGAUUUGAAGUCUGCAACCAGUAAUUUUAGCGAAGAAAAUAAACUAGGACAAGGAGGGUUUGGUGUUGUAUACAAGGGUAUUCUGCAAAAUGGAAAAGUAGUUGCAAUCAAGAAAUUAAAUUUUCGCCAAUUCACAAAGAUGGAGGAAGAUUUUGAAAGUGAAGUGAAGCUGAUAAGUAAUGUUCAUCAUCUAAAUCUUGUUCGACUUCUAGGUUGUUGCAGUAAAGGGCACAACAGAAUUCUUGUUUAUGAAUACAUGAAAAACAACAGUCUUGACAAAUUAUUAUUUGGUGAAAGAAAAGGUUCUCUCAACUGGAGGCAACGAUAUGAUAUAAUUUUAGGAACGGCAAAGGGUUUGGCUUAUCUUCAUGAGGAAUUUCAUGUUUGUAUCAUACAUAGAGAUAUAAAGACUAACAACAUCCUCUUAGAUGAUAAUCUACAACCUAGAAUUGCUGAUUUUGGGUUGGCAAGACUUUUACCUGAAGACAAAUCUCAUCUUAGCACAAAAUUUGCAGGAACAUUGGGAUACACAGCACCUGAGUACAUAAUUCAUGGUCAAUUAUCAGAGAAGGCUGAUAUCUAUAGUUAUGGUGUUGUUGUUUUAGAAAUUAUUAGUGGUCGACAAAGCAAAGAAUUAAAUGUUGAUGAUGAUGCUGAUGGUGAAUUCCUCCUUCAAAAAGCUUGGAAAUUAUACGAGAGAGGCAUGCACCUCGAGUUGGUGGAUAAUACCUUGGACCCUAAUGGGUAUGAUGCAGAAGAAGUGAAGAAAAUCAUGGAGAUUGGUUUGCUUUGCACUCAAGCUUCUCCAGAAGCAAGGCCAAUGAUGUCUGAAGUAGUUGUUUUGCUCCAAAACAAGGAUUUAUUAGAGAAUAUGAAGCCCACUAUGCCUAUCUUGAUUGAAACUAAUUAAAGGAGCUAGCUCAUCUCAGAAGAACAGAGGAAAGAAGUAUUAGACCAAGUGAUAGUAAUCACUUCUGUAGGCCUUUCUCUUUUUAUUUUGAUAUGUGUAUUUAGUUUAUGAUAUUGACAAUUAGGAUAAUACAUUCUUGAUCCACUUGCGUUAUAGGUUUUGUGUUGGGUGAAAAUGUAUUUUGGGCCAUUGGAAAUAUGGUUUGAUGCUUGUGCUAUAUUAACAGGCUAAAAUAUUCGUGCAAGUGGAAAUCGUUAAUAUCUACUUAAUUUGAGAACUUGAAUAUUGUUAUAGUCUCCCCUUAUGUUUUUAAUGUCUAAGGGUGAGCAGUUGAUAUUAUUCAUAUGUAAAUGAAAAGGAAAAU